CCGUGAUACCACCGAAGAUUCUUAUCGAUUGAAAAAGAAAAAAAAAAUCGGAGAAAAGGAUAGAGAGGGAAAGCAACCAGCAAUGGAGUCGCUGACUCUCCGGGCAUCGCCGUCGACGGCCGCGCCGCUGUGUGGCGUCCCCGGACGGCGGCACGCGGCGGUGUCCGUCCGCGCCUCCGCCGGCUCCUCCGGCGCCGGCGAGCCGGACCUGUCCGUGCGCGUGAACGGGCUGAAGAUGCCCAACCCGUUCGUGAUCGGGUCGGGGCCCCCCGGGACCAACUACACCGUCAUGAAGCGCGCCUUCGACGAGGGAUGGGGCGGUGUCAUCGCCAAAACCGUAUCCUUGGAUGCUGGAAAAGUUAUCAACGUAACGCCUCGCUAUGCCCGGCUUAGGGCAGAUCCUAAUGGAUCUACUAAGAGUCCUAUCAUUGGAUGGGAGAAUAUUGAACUUAUCAGUGAUCGGCCUCUGGAAACCAUGCUGAAUGAAUUCAAGCAACUGAAGAAAGAGUAUCCUGACAGGAUACUCAUUGGCUCAAUAAUGGAGGAGUACAACAAAUCUGCAUGGCAUGAGCUCAUUGAACGUGUUGAAGAGAGCGGAGUGGAUGCUCUUGAGAUUAAUUUCUCAUGCCCACAUGGCAUGCCAGAGCGAAAAAUGGGUGCUGCCGUGGGGCAAGACUGUGCCUUGUUAGAGGAGGUCUGUGGCUGGAUAAAUGAGAAGGCUACAGUGCCUGUUUGGGCAAAGAUGACUCCUAACAUUACAGACAUUACGCAGCCUGCAAGAAUUUCUCUCAAGUCAGGAUGUGAAGGAGUUUCUGCUAUUAACACAAUCAUGAGUGUGAUGGGAAUUAACCUCAAAACUUUGCGACCAGAACCUUGUGUGGAGGGUUAUUCCACACAUGGAGGCUAUUCUGCGCGAGCCGUGCACCCUAUAGCACUUGCAAAAGUCAUGAAGAUAGCAAAGAUGAUGAAAGAAGAAUUUGCUGAUGGACAGUCACUCUCUGCUAUUGGAGGUGUUGAGACUGGCAAUGAUGCUGCUGAGUUUAUUCUACUUGGUGCAGAUACAGUACAGGUUUGCACAGGUGUGAUGAUGCAUGGUUAUGGCCUUGUAAAGAAGCUUUGUGCAGAGUUGCAGGAUUUUAUGAGACAGCAUAACUUUUCAUCCAUUGAAGAUUUCCGGGGGGCCUCUCUUCCGUAUUUCACCACGCACACCGAUUUGGUACAUCGGCAACAAGAGGCCAUCAAGCAGAGGAAGGCCAUUAGGAAGGGCCUGGAAUCAGACAAGGACUGGACCGGUGAUGGAUUCGUCAAGGAAACAGAAAGCAUGGUGUCCAACUGAUUCUACUCUGAACUCACACCACCCCUUCCAUCAUACUUCCAACUUGUGAUUAAACAGGGACCAUUUCAACCCAAAACAGCAGAAACUUUUGCAUCAUCUUAUUCAAAUAAAAGCAUACAAAUUACUUCCA